CCGAAGCAAUUUGUCGAUCUGAUUAACGAGACAUAUGUCUGUAUAUCAUGAGUAUCGGUUGCAAAUAAUUACCUAAUAAACUACACCUGCUUUAUUUUAAAAAGGAUAAUUGGCAUUGGGACCACCCCUGUAUAUCUUUAAUAUUUCACCCCUCGACCGUCCGUGUAUUGUUUUUUGCAAUGGAUUUAAGAGACAGAUGAUAAUAUGGCUUUUAUUUAUUUGUUUGAUUUGAGGACAAAGUGAACCUUUAUGUGUUUUUAUUCUGGUAUUUUUGGAAGUUUUUCAAAAGCGCUGCGUCCAUCAGGUAUUUAAUGGGGUUUCACAAUUCGUAUUCAGUUAUUGAUGGAAACGGACAUGCUUUUUAAUCAAAAGAUCGUGAAAGACCUAGAGUGACGAACCAUGACUUUACGCACGCGUAGCAAGGAUGUCACGUGACUUACUGUUCUUUGCCUUAUAUGUUCUUUUACAUAUAUCUCUUCUUGAGAUAAAAGGGGUUGCAGCCCUCAAUGUCACCAAAACAGACGAACAGAGACUGCUUGACGCAUUGAUGACCGGAUAUAGCAAAGAUACAAGACCCGUAUAUAAUGCGUCCCAUCCGGUCAGAGUGUCUGUGGGAAUUACCCUUACACAAAUUUUUGACGUGGAUGAAAAGAAUCAAGUCUUGACCACCAACGUUUGGCUCGAUCAGGAAUGGAAGGACGAGAAGUUGGUUUGGGAUCCUAAUGAAUACAAUGGAUUGGAAGUCAUGAGGAUCCCAUGCAGGAAAAUAUGGCUUCCCGACAUCGUCCUGUAUAAUAGCGCUAGUGACCAUAACGAGAAGUAUAUGGAGGCCUUGGCAAUGGUCGGUAGCGAUGGCACCGUCUUCUGGCCACCAAUCGUCAAGUUUAGAAGUUCCUGUCUGAUGGACAUGACCUACUUUCCGUUUGACGACCAGAUUUGUAAGCUAAAACUGGGGUCCUGGGCCUACACUGGCUUCCAAGUGGACGUCCUCAAUCGGUCAAACACUAUCGACAUGUCUAGAUUCGUAGAAAACGGUGAAUGGGAGAUAAUAAAUACAGAGGCAAUUCGGAAUAAUGUAUACUACACGUGCUGCCCAGAGCCAUUUCCGGAUGUGACGAUCACGUUACACUUGCGUAGAAGGACUAUUUACUUCAUGUACAACGUCAUCAUCCCUUCCAUCAUGUUGUCUAGCCUGGCCUUACUUGGGUUCUGGGUUAAUCCUGACUCUGGGGAAAAGGUUACCCUUGGUCUUACGGUGCUGUUAGCUCUCUCUGUCUUCAUGCUGUUAAUUGCUGAAAACACUCCCGCCACCUCAUUCUUUAUACCACUUUUAGGUGUAUAUCUCAUAACCACGAUGUCCUUCACCUCUCUCUCUGUUAUCUGUGCAGUGGGCGUGACUAACCUUCACCUCCGAGGUCACGCGUACCCUGUCCCGAAUUGGAUGCGCAAGCUCUUAUUUUUAAUUUCCAAUAUUUUGUGUAUAAGGCUUCAUCAUUUAAGGAAUGGAUUGUCCGUUAAUAGUUCGCCACAUUGGGACAGAAUUCCAGCGUCUUCCACUUUUGGAAAUCACUCCACCUCAAACGGUCGCAUCGUGCACGAUCUUGGCGAAGGGACCGUCAUUCACCAUGACGAAGUACACAAAGAAGGGGCGGCCCCUACCGACAGGUUACUUAGGGAAGAUAACUCUGAUGUGAAUCAUGCAUUACUAGAAACUCUGAAGUGCCUUAUUAACAAACAUGAAGAGGGUGAAAGGGAGAGAAAGAUUCAUGACGAGUGGAAGGAAGUGGCAUUGAUAAUUGACCGUUCUCUGUUCGUGAUUUUUCUCCUGGGGAUGAUUGUAGCGUCCGUCUACAUUCUUGUUGUCUUGCCAUUAAGGAAGUUAGCUACGGUUUAAAUCACUCCUUACAUGUGCUAUUUUUGCCAACAUUUUGAAAACAGAAAGUUGGGGACGGUUUAAGUCUCCCCAACAUAUGCUCUUUUUGCCAACAUAUUGAAAACAUUAACGAAUAGUUUAAUUUAUGCUACAUUGUGUUAUUGGUAUUUUUAUUACUCAUGCUGUGAACACUCUUGUGUUUGACACAAUAAAACCG